AUGUCUAGUAUCUAUGGCAAACAGUCUUCCAACAUCUCACCUGAUAUGGGGAUAUCGUGGGCUUUCCCGGGAUCCGAACAACAAGAGAACCUUGAGACGAGCCGCGUUCAAGUUGUUCCUGGGCUAGAGCAGGACCUUAUUCUCGGAGACAGCACGGAGGAGCUGUAUCAGAGUGUUCACCUCACCCCUCCUAAGGAUUCGCAAGACCAAGCUUCAAGUGUUUCUUGCCUUGACAAAGACUUCACCCAUCAGCUUAACUCACCAGAAGACUUUGCAAGGCACGGGUUAGUACCUGUGAACCAACAGUCUCAAGACAAAUUAAAGUAUUACGUGGAUCUUUACUCCCAAAAAGCCCAGCCUCCCCUUCUCCGUCAUAGCACUUCAGAUUCGAGACAAGAAGAGGUGGAAAGGCCAUUUGAAGCCAGAGAAUAUCUUCACGUUUCAGCGAUGGACACCAUAAGUCACGCGAGUUCAGAUGAGAACUGGGUUGUGGCCUUCAAAGGCAGCGCAAGUGGACAGAACUCAUAUUCUACACCGCCGGUUUACCUGAACAGCUCAGAUGCCAACAGUAAGCAAGAUGCAUCGGAAAGGUCUACUGAUGCGGUAUCCAGACACUCACGCCCCAACUCUCCAACCUCUGGUUGGUCCUUGGUAGAUGGAAAUACAUGCAUUACCUCUGAAGAGGAGGAUGAGAAUCAAGGGGGAAACGAGGCCAGACGCAGUGACUUUGAGAUGCAUCCAGGUCACCGUUUCUGGGAAUGGGAUAUCCAAAAACAACUGUGGCGCCGACGAGGGCGAAGCGGACAGGAUGAGAAGGACUGGUUUACAGAAAAGCUUUUGCAAUAA